AUGGAUGCUAAGACCCACUCGAGAAAUCGUCUGAUUUCGAAGUCGUCCUCUAUUGACAAACACUCUUCGCAAGCGAAUUGUCAAGAUGGAAUCGACAGGCCAUUCGUUUUUGUGUCUUUCACGUCUGGUUUAAGGCUCACCCGCACCAUGACGACAAGUAUACAUCCUAACGCACAGGCAGGCUUCGCGACUGGGACGAAUGAAUCAUACGAUCGGGUUCGCCCCUUGUAUCCAGCUGAUUGUGUUUCGUAUAUUCGCAGACAGGUACCCAAGAGCACAACGCCGCUGAAAAUCGUCGAGAUUGGGGCAGGAACGGGCAUUUUCACCCGUGCCUUGUUGACUCACCCCGAAUGGGCGACGAGCAUUGGCACCCUGAGAGCUAUUGAACCAAGCGACGGCAUGCGUAAUUUCUGGACGAAGUGCGUCCAAGAUCAUCGCUGUACUAUUGUUAACGGGACAUUUGAUAACACCGGUGUGGAAGAUGGGUGGGCAGACCUCAUCAUCAUCGCACAGGCAUUUCAUUGGUGUCUCGACUAUGAGAAGGCAUUCACUGAAUUCGCUCGUAUCUUGAACAAGGACGGGGCGGCUGUAUUUAUAUGGUACCUUGCAGAUAGGGAGGCUGCAGGUUGGGUUACGCAGGUCCAGCACUGUAUCGAGGCCCGUGGGAACGGCAGUCCCCGAUUUCGCCUCGAUGUUUUGAGGCAGGCGUUCUCUAUCCCCGAGUAUACGUCGUUAUUUCAUCCCCAGGAAGAGAAACAAUGGGCUCAUCAUGGUGUUGCUACCGAGCAAAUUGUCACGGAUCGCGUCCUCAGUUGGAGUUACAUUGCGAUACUCCCUCCAGAUGAGAAGGCUAAGGUAGCGGAGGACAUCAAAGUUAUUCUUGACCGAGGAGAUGGUAAAAUCUGGAUCAACAAGGAGCAGGGCACGUAUCAGGACCCGCAUGUGGCUCGCGUAAUGAUAUCAAGAAAAAAGUAGGACUGUUAAGUAGCCGUGCAUGGGCUCGCGGAUCUUUGGAGGAUCACUGGCUUGGGGUGUUCUGAACCAUGUACUCAACAGACCUGGAUACAGAAGGAACACAGUUGUUCCUAUCAUACUUUCAUACUAUAUCGGCUCUCUCAAUGCAUCGAAUAGUGAUGUUCGUAUGUCUGCUCUCGAUCUCCCUAGCUCUCCCAGCGAUUGCCCGACCUUCUCUGUCUCGUGACCCCCAGUGAUUCUGCGCCAAUGAUAGUCGACACACGAGCUGCCAUGACCUGUUUGGUCGGUAUG